AUGGCGUUCAACUUCAACAUCUUCCGCAUCCUGGGCGACCUGUCCCAUGCCAUCUCGCAUAUGAUCCUCAUCGCCGUCAUCCACUCGAACCAAAGUGCUGAAGGUGUCUCCCUCCUGACCCAAGUCCUCUAUGUCGUCGUCUUCUGCACGCGGUACAUCGACCUCUUCGUGGUCUCACCCUUUGGCGACUGGCAUAGGUGGUGGAACUUCGUGCUCAAAAUCUACUUCAUCGCCACCUCGGCAUACAUCGUCUUCAUAAUGACGCGCGUCUUCGCACGCACGAGGGAAAGGGAGAGGGCCAUGAAACUAGGCGGAUAUGCCACUCUUGGAAGCCUGGUCCUGACCCCGAUCAUGACUGGAAUCUUCCACAGCUGGCACCCUUUCACCUUUGGCGAGAACCUUUGGAGCUUUUCCAUCAUCCUGGAGUCUGUCGCUGCCCUGCCGCAACUGCUCCUGCUUCGGCAGACCAAUGUCCCCACUGUUAUAGACUCGUUCUAUCUCGUCACACUUGGCUCCUACCGUGGCUUCUACAUCCUGAACUGGCUCGUCCGCGGCUUCGGGCCUGAGCACAACUUCGAUCCCAUCCGCACCAUCUUCGGCAUCCUCCAGACGGCUCUGUACAUCGAUUUCGCAUGGGUCUACUGGACAAGGCAACGCGUCAAGCUCCGCCAUGGUGGAGUUGUGGAUAGCGAUGACCUGAGCAGAAGCUGGUUCGUCGGGCGAGUGCUCGGUCGGAAGAGCACAGAUGCGGAUCGCGACGAUUUCGACUACGACGCAGAGGCUGGAGACGCUCCGUCACCACAGGAAGCCCGGCCAAGGAACAACAAGUGGGGUGCGCGUGGAGUUUCCGUGUCGGCAGAUGAGGGGGUGCUUGACCGUGACGGAGGAGAAGCAUCCAAGCCCCUCACGGCACCUGAGGCGUUUGAGGACGACAGCGACGAUGAGGGCGACCUGGGAGGCAGGUCCAGCCACAAGAGGGGAGAAGACCAUCUCAGCGGCGUCGGCAACGGUGCAGAAUGGCGAGAGGAACGGGACUAA